UUUAAGUGUCGUUAGAAUUUUUGUUUGGUACACAGCUCUGUGUGGCUCUGAGCCAAAAUCGGGCGGUGCAGUUCUGUCAGUCAUUCCUUUUUAAUAUCUGGAUUGUUGCACUUUGCACUUUCUCUUUGGAUUUGCACCGUCGUGACCGUGGUGUGGUGUGAUAAAGGGGUAUUCAAUGGACCUUCACUUCGAUAUCAAUCAAAUGGAUGUGCGUAGAUCCAGCGGUGGAUCGAUUCACCGUUUGGCGGAUCGCUUCUGCUGGAUAUGUUUCGCCGGCGAGGAGGACAACCCGCGGGCCAAGUGGGUGCAGCCGUGUCGGUGCCGUGGCGCCACCAUGUGGGUGCACCAGAGCUGUCUGUGUCGGUGGAUCGACGAGAAGCAGCGGGGGGGCAAUCGCCGCACCUCGGUGGUCUGCCAGCAGUGCCAGACGGAGUACAUCGUCGUCUUUCCCAGAACGAACUUCUUGGCCAGUGCUCUGGACUGGUUGGACCGGGCAGUGAGAAGGACCUGCCCCUAUUUGGCCGUGCAUGUGCUGAUGUGCUGCGUCUACUGGACGGCCACCACCUACGGAGCCGUGACCGUCUUCCAGGUGGUGGGCCACAGACGGGCCCUGGAACUCAUGGAGAGCGAGGUCUUCCUGCUGCUGGGCCUGCCCCUCAUACCCGUGGGCCUGGUGCUCGGCCGACUGGUGCGGUGGCAGGAUGCCGUGCUCAAGGUCAUGCGGAGCAGGUACAACAUCCUCCGCAAGUUGCCCUUCUUCCGUUGGGCUGGCGAGCCGGAAAUCGCCGGUUUGGAUCCCGCUCUGAGCGACAGUUCGAGCAGCUUGCCACCCCUGCAAAACACUCCCGUCCUCACAGAUCCCCUCUACAUAUCGCGACUCUUCUGCGGAGCCGUGUUCCUGCCCACGGUGGCCACCGCGAUGGGGAAUCUGUUCUUCAAGGGGAUGGAGGAUCCGCUGCAGCGCACCCUCCUGGGCGGCAUCACCUACAUCGGGGCCAAGGGCCUGCUGAAGAUCUAUCUGCGCCAGAAGCUAUACAUCCGUCGCCGCAAGCGUCGCAUUGUGAACUACACCGAUGAGAAUGUGCGCAUCCAUAUGGGUGGCCACGCCCGGGAGGCACCGCCUGUCCAGGGCCAUCAGAAUCCCCAAAAUCGGCGGCAAUUUGCCGGAUACGAUGAGAGCUACGAGGACAGCUCCAGUGUGAUCACCACGGACUCUGAAGGCGCUAGUCAAGACAGCGAUAGUCCUGUCUCCAUCCACCUGCAAGCUCCUUUCCUGAACUAGUCGGACCGAACUAGUCGGAUGUAUACUAAAUUACUCCAACA